UGUUUUUCGGUCAUGGGUUUUCUGAAAGUUCUUCAGGACUGGUGUCGAGAUGUUUGUGAAGGAUACCCUGAUGUUCUGGUCACAGACCUGAGCUCUUCAUUCACAGAUGGACUGGCUUUCUGUGCGAUCAUCCACAGACACAGACCCGAUCUACUAGAUUUUCACUCACUGUCCAAACACAAUGUCUAUGAGAACAUGCGUCUGGCGUUUGACGUUGCGCAGCGUGAGCUGGGAAUUCCUGCUCUUUUAGAUCCGGAUGAGCUGGUGUCUGUGGAGGAGCCGGAUCAUCUGUCCAUCAUCAUUUACGUCUCUCAGCUCUACUGUGUCUUCAGAAGAAACUCUCAUGAAAGUCAGAAGAUUCCUGUGAACAAUGAAUCCAGCAGCACCAAACCGCAAGAUCAGACUCACACUCGGAAUGAAGGACGUCUUUCCACCUCAUCAGAGACUGACAUACAAGAACCUCCCAAACCUGCUCCCAGAAAGAGGAAAGAGCCCAAGGAACCUCCUCGCCCCGCCCCCAGAUCACCAGAUCAUCGCCCUAAGAACGUCUCGUCUCGGAGUGUCGUCCGUAAGGAACAUCCCUGGAUGAAGCUGAUUAAUCCGGGUCCCUGGUCUCGUCUUCCUCCAGCUCCGGCUCCAUAUGCUCAUUCACGCCGCCAGCCCACGACCUUUAACCCCUUCCUGGAGAAAAAGGAGGACAAGUCCAAUGAUGAGGAGACAAACGCUUUCAGUUGCGAAAACUCAGUUACACAAAAACCACAAACCUCAUCUUCAGUUCCCAGCAUGCACCAGGCUGCAGCUCAUGUUCAUGGUUUCCCGCUCAUCAAGAGGAAUGUGAACACACACACACGCAUGUCAGAUGACCAGGUGUGUGAGGAGCAGAAGGAGCUGGAGGAGCGUCUGUUGGAGCUGGAGAGGAGAGGAGUGCAGCUGGAGAGAGAGAUGAGCAGAUGCACCAACGAGAACCUUCUAGUUAAGUGGUUCCUUCUGAUUCAUGAGAAGAGCAUGUUGGUGCGCAGAGACAAAGAGCUGGUGUAUAUGGUGAAGCAGCAGAAUCUGGAGGAUGAACAGGUUGAUGUGGAGUUAGAGAUCAGAUACCUUUUCAACAAACCAGAGCAGGACUGGAGCUCUGACGACAGACAACAGGAACAGCAGCUGAUGUCAAGCCUGCUUUCAAUCGUCCAGCAGAGAAAUUAUAUCAUCAGCAGCCUGGAUCAGGACAGGAAGAGGGAGGAGGAGGAGGAUGAGAUGCUGAUGGCUGUGAUCCAGAGGAUGUGUGAGAAACCAGGAAAGUUUCUUCUUUUUAAACUAGGAUAUUUGUGCAAGAUUAUUUGGAAAAUGUUCCAUUAA